UUUCAGGUGGAAUGAUAAGUCCACGUGCUGUUGAAGGCACUAGUACGGAAACAGUAGAAUUACGUUCGAGGAAUGCUAAUAGGAACAACUGGGAAAAUAAAAACGGAUGGGAUAAGACAAUGAACGGCAAUAAAAUUAUUGUCGAGAAGAAAUUGAGACCCGGUGAUAAUUUAAACAGAAUUGCCGUGCAGUAUUCCGUUUCGCUAUCCGAUUUGAAAAGGGUCAACAACAUCGUUUCUGAGCAGGAUAUUUAUGCUAUGCCAUUUAUCAAAAUCCCAGUGAGCAAAUUACAAAAAGAACUGGAUUUGGAACACGGAAGUAGUUUAUUAGGUAACGAUAACUGUGAAGAACCGAUGGCAGAGGAGUUGACUGAUGAUAGACCUCUUUUGAAUAACAAUAAUUUGUCUGAUAAAAGUGUCGAGGAAUUGUUUGAGAAGACAGAUGCAUAUAUUGCUCAAAUACGGGAUAGUUUAUCAACUGAAAAUACGGAUAAUACUGUUCAUUUCGUAGAUGCGAGGUCUCCUGACACUACUUUCAAGGGACUUUGGUUCAUUGUGGUGUUCAUCAUUUUCAUAUUCAUCUUUGUACCAUUAGUACUGACAUUUUUGGAAGAAGAACGAAAGAUAUCUCAUGUUACCAAGAAGAGUUUUAUGAAAGGUUGAUAACUAUGAAAAGAUUUAUAUAUUUAAGGUCUCUCCUUUAUCACUUCUACUUCUCCCAGUAAUUCAAUUAAAUUUCUAAUGACAUUAGGAAUUGUUUUUCUGCCGCUGUGGUGUAAUUUGGAGCGCGG